AUGAGCUUCCAGAACUCAGUCUUCCAGGGUGGACACAACUUUCAACCCCUAUUGGUCACUGUGUGCCCCAUGACCCAUGAGGUCACCAGGACAGAGGAGGAGGAGGUUCCUCUCCCUGCCCCAGCUCUUUGGACCUCCAAGCAGGCCUGCCUGAAGCAGACUGCUAGAACUUUCCAAAAGGCAGGGACACCAGAGCCUGCCUUAGAACUUCAGCACAAGCAACUGGCCACGACACAAAAGUAUGCAGCCACAGACAGGAAGUACAGAAACCCACGACACAGUGUUCAAAUCAACCUGAUAUCUGAAACAUGUCCUGGAUGUGGUGAACUCAAGCUUCAGUUAUUAGGAGUUCACCAGGUUUCAGGCCUUAUCUUCAGUAACAGACGCGAAGGAGCGGAGGAGCGGAGACCAAGUUGUUCGUUCUCACACAAUGAAAGAAAGAUGUCUGCGUUCAAGUCCCUGGUUGUGUGGAUCCUCAUCAUGUGGACUUUCACCACAGCAGAUGAUGAGGUGUCCUGCGUUUUAGAGGAGAGCUGCAUCUUACCCUGCAGUUUUCAACCUGGUCCAAACCCAGUCAUUUACUGGAUGCAGGUGAAACCAGGAAAUACUCGUGUCCACUCCUACUACAGUGACAGAGACCAGUUUGUAUACCAGAGCGAGCGCUUCAGAGGCCGGACAUCGCUGUUCACAGAUCAGAUCUCCAGUGGAAAUGCCUCGAUCAGGCUGACGGGGCUGAUGCUUCAGGACCGGGGCAAAUACGAGUGCUACACCAGCACCAUCACUGGAGCCGGCAAGUCGUCAUUUAUCAACCUGAGAGCAGAUGCUCCGGUGCGUCACGUGGACAUUGAGCAGGUGGAGGACAGCUUCACCUGCCGCUCAGAGGGGAUCUACCCCGAGCCGCAGCUCACCUGGUCCACCAGGCCUCCGUCCAACUUCACCUUUCAGAUCCAAACCACAGUGAAGGAGACGGAGCAGCAGCUCUAUGAGAUCAGCAGCAAACUGAUACUGUCAGACAGAGACACUGUUCUGAUCUGCAGCAUCAGCACUCGCCAUGGCAGGAGGAGCGCGGUGUGGUAUCAACCCACUCCCGUCCAUUUGUCACCGUUUAAAACAACAACAACAAUCCACUGCACUGCUCCAAACACCAAACCCCCGACACACAGGGUGUGGAAAUUCAACCACAGGCAGAUCAUUGUGAACCAGACCGGGGUCGAUGGCCUCCACAGCGUCUCAGAGCAGUGGAGGCAGCAGGUGGAGGAUGUGUCAGCGUCAGGCAGCCUCACGCUGCACCACUUAACAUCAGAUCACCAGGGAACGUUCACCUGUGAACUCAGUAGUGAAGAGGAGACGCACUUCAUCAACAGCUACGUGACGAUAGAGAUAGACAAAGGUUUUACAGGUUCAGCUGUAUCAAUUGUGAUCGGAGUACUCGUUGUGUGUGUAGCAUUAGGAGCUGGAGCAAGAUUCUUCUACUUUAUAAGACCAAAGCUAAAACGGAUCAUCCACCAUCAGAUGCUUCAGAUGAAUGAUUUACAAUUCGGACAUGGUGAACUCACAGAGACUCAGUGUAAAGUCGUGGCCUCAGCUCUGAAGUCAGACCCCUCACAUCUGACAAAACUGGAUCUGAGUUACAACAAGCUGAAGGAUUCAGAUGUGAAGCUGCUGUGUUCUGGACUGGAGAGUCCAAACUGUCGAUUGGAGACUCUUAGGUUGAGGAGCUGCAGCCUGUCAGAAAUCAGCUGUUCUUCUCUGGCUUCAGCUCUGAUGUCAAACCCCUCUCAUCUGAGAGAACUGGAUCUGACUGACAACAACCUGCAGGACUCAGGAGUGAAGGAGCUGUGUGGUUUUCUACAGAGUUCAACCUGUCGACUGGAGACUCUGAGGUUGAGGAGCUGCAGCCUGUCAGAGAUCAGCUGUUCUUCUCUGGCUUCAGCUCUGAGGUCAAACCCCUCUCAUCUGAGAGAACUGGAUCUGACUGACAACAACCUGCAGGACUCAGGAGUGAAGGAGCUGUGUGGUUUUCUACAGUGUUCAACCUGUCGACUGGAGACUCUGAGGUUGAGGAGCUGCAGUCUGUCAGAGAUCAGCUGUUCUUCUCUGGCUUCAGCUCUGAGGUCAAACCCCUCUCAUCUGAGAAAACUGGAUCUGAGAUACAACGACCUGCAGGACUCAGCAGUGAAGGAGCUGUUUGUUCUAAAGCAGAGUCGAACCUGUCGACUGGAGACUCUGAGGUGGAGGCUGUUUGACUAUUCUUAUUGAAGGUGAGUGUGAAGAGGACAGUGUGUGUGGACGGAGGCUGAGCUGUGUCCUGAGGAUCCAGAGGCUGAAGCAGCAGCAGCUUGUGUGUAGAGCGGCUCUGACUGGGCCUUGCUGCUGGGAGGCAGAGUGGAGACAGAGCUCCAGAGGAAUCAGAGGAGGUUGUUGUAAUAUGUAACUUCACCACUAGAUGGCCCUCGCUACCGAUUGUGUUUAUUCACAUGAAGAAUGUGUUUAUUGAAAUGACACAACACAAGCAGAAUAUAUUAACCCUUUAUAAAGAGUCACAUAUAUGUGUUUAAGUUUUUUUUAUUCUGUUCCACCUUUGUCCCUCAGUAAGUCAUCAUGUGUUUAUAUAACCACAUUCUGUGUAUAUUUUUGUUUAUGAUCUUAAAGUUCCUGGAUUCACGUCACAAAUUGAUUUAGUUCAAAACAACACACAAUCAAAUCACUUUGAGUUUAAAAUUAGAGUUUUGUCUUUUACACAAAAGAUCAAAAGUCUGGACUUAAAAAUGGGACGUUUUCAUUCCUGCAUCUGGCGCAGAUCAGUGGUGGCGUUGCUACGUUUUGACCCACAGGUGGCGAUGUAGUAACAGGAAGAACAUCCCGGUCAACGCCUUUAUAUUCAGUCUAUGAGUCAAACACAUGGAUCAUUUCCUCUGUGACAAACCAAAUGUAACGAAAAGAAAAACAUCUCAGAGAGAAAAGUUGUGUUUCUAAGAAAAUGUCCUGAUGUUAGAGAGUUUCACAUCUUCUGCAGUUUGUGUUUAUGACUGAUGAAGAAUACAAAUCCAGGAGAUUAAGAUUUCAGCAGCUCUGAAUUUUCUUAAUUUUGAUUACACCUCAGACAAUGAAGAAAGUGAUGAGAACACGAACCAUGAAAAGAAGGAAAUGCUGUAUGAGAAAGAAAGACAAACAAAUACCUCAGGAUGAAGAAGAGGAUUUGUAUUUUAUAUCUGGUAGUCUUUUGUAUUUGUUCAUAUUUUUAUGAAACUUUACUUCAUCGACUGUUAUGGCAAAUUAAAUUUUUUAUUAAAAUGUAUUUUUAUAAA